GUUAUUUGCUGGAAGAAUUGAACCUGUACUUAAAACAACGUGAUAACGUUGAAAACUAGUGAAACUUUUUAAUAUUAAGUAACAUACAAAUGGCUAGAGAAAGCCGUGUAUCAUAGACUAUACGGGGCGUUAAGUAUUCGAAUUGCCGGGCUUAACGAUAAAGAAACUGCAAGCAUGUCCCAAGUAUCCGAAAGCUCUCGCAAAACUGAGCAAUAUCAAACUCAAGAAAGUUAAAGAAAACAUGUUAAUUUCGUACACUGGUGUGAUAAGUCGAGAUAUUACGAAUGACUUGGAGGUUCAAGCAGUACUAACGAGGUGUGCGGCUAGUGAAGCUUUGGAUACCUGCGAAAGGAUGAGGCCCUUUACAAUAAAGAAUUUCUGUAGAUUUUUCAACAUAGACAAAACGCCUUGGAGUAGUUUUUUGAAUUUUCUUAAGCCACAUGUGACGUGCCCCAUCAAAAAGGGAACCUACGUCCUCAAAGACGCUGAGGUGUCGUCUGGCGAUUUUGGUAGAUUCCCAUUCGCGAGUGGCUUUUACAAGUUCGAAUUUAUAUUGAAAGAUCAAGGCAAUGGCGACGUCAUAACUUGUGUCUACGUAGAAGCAACAUUAAAUCCAUAAUAAUUGCUUACCUAUGCGUGUAAGCGACAUUAAUUUGAAAUACAGAUUAUACUCCUUCUUCUGUGUACACUUUUAUUAAGGAUGCGAAAAUACACGGAUUAUACCAAAAGUAAGA